ACUUCCGGGAUCCUGCGCGUGUAGGUGGCGUCACCUGGAGCAGAAGGGGCUGCACGAGUUGUACCCUACGUGGGUCUGGGGAGAGACCAUGGCCAAAAACAAACGGAGAGGGCCCAAGUCCAGGAACGUGUUUCACAUAGCCAGCCAAAAACACUUUAAGGUGAAAAGUAAAGCAAAACCAGUUACCACAAACCUUAAGAAGAUAAACAUUGCGAAUGACGACCAAGUUAAGAGAGUGAAUAAAGCUUUUCUAGAUAUCCAAAAGGAACUUGCACACUUCUCACAAGGCCUUUCCCUUGAACCUCUGCAGAAACAGCUGAUUCCUCAGCAGUGUCAGGAAGACGAAGCAGUUAAUGUUGACGAGGCUACAAGGCUCAUGGCUCAGCUGUAACACACUGGUGAGGCGUCAAGUUCCACGAAAGACCAAUAAAUUAAAUGUUUUAUACAACUUUA